AGGGCUGUUCUGCGAUAUAACGCGGACUAUGUAGGCGAAGGCUGGAACGUCGAUGUUUUGUCGGCCGCUCUCCAACACCGUCCUGAGUUUGGGCCUCUGAUGAAGAAGAUCGCGGAUCUAGCCCUCAAGCUUCCCUACCUUAUAAUGCAGCCCAUUCCUCUGAUGAAACAAAACCAGGAAUCGAGUAUUUCCCUCAGCCAAAUUCAAAUCGCCUGCCUACUGGCCAAUGCCUUCUACUGCACCUUCCCUGGACGUAGUGGCACUAACGAAAGAACCCCACAGCCUUCUUUUCCUUCCGUAAACUUUAAUACUCUAUUUCAUAACCCUGUUUCCGAGCAUGCCGGCGCUGCAGCGCCCAGUUACAAAGUUCAGAAGGUCAUCUGCAUUCUCCACUACUUCUCGCGAGUGCUCGCUGAGGACGGCGCGCCAACGGGUGCGGUCACCUUUUCUCGCCGCUGUCUCAACCCCCCUCCGGACUUCCGAUCAAGUACUGUCCUGAUUGGUUCUGUCCCGCUCGGUACUAGCUCUACGAGUCGCAUUGAGGAUGCCGAAAACGGCUGUUUACAG